AUGUACAUGGGCGACCAGGUCCUCGGCUACACUUGCACAAUGUGCAGCAAGUUCUACAAGAUGUGGAGCAACUAUCUGAAGCACAAAUGCGAACCUCCGCAGUUCAAGUGCCCGCUCUGCCCGUUCGCCGCGUUCAAGGCGUUCAUUCUGCACGCCCACCAGGCCGAACAACACUUCAAGGUCACCUCGCCGAACACGGAAAAUCUAUCCUUGCAACAGCUGCGGCAAGACGUUCAAGUGGAGACAGAAUUUAAUGUGACACGUGCAGCAAGAGUGCGGAAAGAUGUCCUAUCGUUGCGCUUUUUGUCGUGUGUGAUGAACUUUAUGGACAGCUUGGUCCGCCAUAUACGCGACAAACACAGCUUGUUCAGAAUUAAAACCGGAUUAGGUUUCCACGUGUGCUGCGAGUGCAAGAAAACGUACAGGUCGAGAAUGGCGCUGAAUCGACAUGUGCGCGAGGAGUGCGGCCGGGUCUUGUACACGUGCCCCUUCUGCCACAGUAUCAUGCCGAUGAAGUUCAACCUGCUGAACCAUCUGAAGAAGGAGCACGGCUGCGUGGCGAAGAUCUAA